GAAAGAAAUUUUCACGAAAAUUGACUGAUUGUUUUGGAAUCAGAAUUCUAAUCAGAAAAUUUGAAUUUAUUACAACAUUACAUAAUUAACAAUACAAAUGACUUUAGUCCAACUUCCUGCCAAAUUAACCGAAGAAGAACAGGCGUUACAAAGAAAAUAUCAGAAACUCAAACGAAAGAAAAAACUACUGCAACAAUUAAAGACACCAAAACAGGAACAACCAACAACACAACCGAUAAAACGGACUCCAGACAGUGGAACGGAUGCCAAAGAAGUUGCAAAAAAACUAUUAAAAUCCGGUAAAAUUCAGGCCAUCAAAGCACCGGAUAAUAAAGAUCGACAAGAUUCAGGAUUCAAACGAUCAAAAGCUCAUGAACGUAAACGUUGUACUGGAACGGAUAAACCUGGUGGAUAUUUGCCAUUUCAUAAUCAUCAUUCUGAUGAUGAUCCAAACGGACCAAAAGAUGAACCUGAAAGUAAACGUUCAAAACCACUUUACGAAAGUUUUGUCAUGUCAAGAGAUCCACAUUCGGUAGCGCGUGAAGAAGCUUUCAGAGAGAAAAAAAGAGAUGGCAAAGUUAAUUAUGUAAAUCGAGAUAAUCCACAGCAGGGCAACACAGUUUAUGUUCAUGGAGAAAACUUGAAUGAAGAUAUUCUUCGAUUAGCUUUUGUUACUUUUGGCCCAGUGUUGAACAUAACGGCUGAACCAAAUAAAAAUUGUGGAUUUGUAACAUAUGAAUCUAUCGAUGUAGCAAAUAUGGCCAUCACUGAAAUGAAUGGUAAAACAAUCAAUGGAAUUCAUUUGAAAGUUAGUCUGGCACGUCGUCAACCCACUUAUAAUCCGGAAAAAUCCAAAACUAAUACUGAUUUAAAUGAUUCAUUAUCAGCACCUGAAGCAUGGUCAGCAAUUGCUUCGAAUUUUUCCGAUAGUGUUGAUAAUCCAAAGAAAAGAACCAUUGUUAGCUAUGAUGAUGAUGAUAUCUAUGAAACUGUUUAAAUUGAAUGGUUCUUU